AUGGACAUUUUGCAAAAGAAAGAGAUGAAUAAAGAUGAAUUUGUAAUCUUGGAGGGUGGUUAUAUAGUUCCAGCUGUCAAAAAAUAUGUGCCAAAUCUGAAGGAGAAGAAUGGCAAAGAAAUGCUGAAAUUCAACGAGGUUUUUCGAGAAAGAUAUCAUAUUUUGGGACUGAUUGGAAGAGGCGGUUAUGGACAAAUUUAUUAUGCGCAGGAUAUUACGAAUGGCGAUGAGUUGGUGAUUAAAACGGAGCCGAAAAUUAGAAAGGGCAAUUUGACGAAGAGAAUGUUGUUGGAGCAAAAGAUUUUGUAUAGAUUGCAAGGAAGACCACAUGUUCCUAUUAUGAUUGGAUCUGGACAUACCGAUAUUAUGAAUUUUAUUGGUAAGUUAGGCUAAAUUCUACAUGCCCGAAAACACUAAAAAUCAAUAAUCAGUCGCUCGUGAAUAUUUCGAAAAUUAAUGAAUGUCGGUGUGUGCGAGCGGUCGCGAUGCGGUCGAAAUCAUUUUUUCCUCGAAAAUGCUGUUUUUUACACAAAACGGUUAUUUUUUGCGUAAUUAAAUUGAAGUUAUUCAUUUUCAAAGUUUCGCUGUUGUUAUUUAUUAUUUUUUCAGCAAAAUAGGUGAAAAUAUUCCCAUUUUUAAACAAAAUUGAAUAUUAUAGGGUUUUCAGACUGAAAACUGAAAUUAAUGCAUUGAAAAUGAAUAAGGUCAAUUUAUUUAGGCAAAAAAUAACCGUUUUGUGAAAAAAAAACCACAUUAUCGAGGAAAAAAUGGGCGAUAUUGAUUUAUUUUCGACCGCAUCGCGACCGCUCGCACACACCUAUUAUCGAAAAUCUCAUCGGUACCACGCGCUCUACCGAAAUAAACACGCAACGCAGACCGCGCCGCGUCACAACACACACAAAAAAGGGAAGGAAUUUGAAUCGUUCCCCUAUUUGUGUAUGUUGUGGCGCGACGCGGUCUGCGUUGCGUGUUUAUUUCGGUGGAGCGCGUGGUACUGCUGAGAUUUUCGAUAAUACCACGCGCUCCACCGAAAUAAACACGCAACGCAGACCGCGCCGCGCCACAAAACACAAAACACACAAAAAAGGGAAGGAAUUUGAAUCGUUCCCCUAUUUGUGUAUGUUGUGGCGCGGCGCGGUCUGCGUUGCGUGUUUAUUUCGGUGGAGCGCGAUAAUACAUUCAUUAUUUCUCGAAAUAUUUACGAGGGACAUGCCACAUUUUUAAAAAUUCCACAAUAAGUUGUGCUAAAAAAAAUCAAUAAUUUCUAUUUAGCAAUGCAACUACUUGGUCCAAACAUUGGUGAUUUGAAAAAGAAAAGUCCAGUGAAACGUCUCUCUCCUUCAACAGUUUCUCGCAUAAUUCUUCAAGGAAUAGCUGCUCUACGCGAUACUCAUUCCCUUGGUUAUAUUCACCGUGAUAUAAAACCAGCGAAUAUGUGUUUUGGAAUAAGUCAACAAACACGGCAUGUUUUGAAAUUGGUUGAUUAUGGUUUAGUGCGCCGAUACAAAAAUGACGAUGGAAGUUGGCGAAAACAGAGAUAUCGACCGGGAUUUCGGGGAACUUUGAGAUAUGUUUCGCCACGUGUUCAUGAUAAAAAAGAGCAAAGUCCUGCGGAUGAUUUGGUUUCGAUGGCAUAUUCUGGAGUUGAAUUAUUGCUCAUGAAUCUGCCUUGGAAAUUAGUGGCAGUGGAUGAAUUGAAAGAAGCGAAGGAAGAAUUUGUGAGCACUUUUUUGCUCCUUUUUGUGGGGGAAAAAAUUUUUUUCAGCAUUCUUCAAGUUCUCCAUAUCUCGCCCUUUGCGGACCACAUUAUUCCCUAUUUUGCCGCGCAAUCUUCAGUCUUUCCCCGAUGGAUGAUCCCGAUUAUUCAGCGCUUCAAUCUUUGAUUUUUGACAUGAUGGGUGGAAAAACAAUGAAAGAUUCGUAUGAUUGGGAGGAGAAUUAUCGUGAAGUAUUUUCUGGACAUAAUAAUUCGUCUGAUGGAACACCGAAAAAUGGGAAGAAGAAAUUCGAUGCUUCAGAUUUGUGGAAACAUAUGAAAGAAGUCGAUUAG